CUCUCGAAUCCGUUGGGCGGCAUCCCAUCCAGGUAGGACUCACCUGGACAGUUGUUGUGGUUGGGUGAUUAUGUCCUAAUAACCGGACAAUAGGAGAACGCCUCCGGCCAGGCGGGAGAUGUCUGGCGUUUCAAACUGUAUUAAGGCGAGGAUUGUGAAGAUUUCACACACAAGACAAGAAGGGUUUCGCCGGUAGAGAGCGCUCAUUCGGACGUACGGAGCCGUCUCGUUUUAAAAGCGUCGGAGGGAUAGAAUUUCGUCCAUGUCUUGAGGCAAGCCUACCAAACCACCUGCGUUUUCCUGGGAUGUGCCACUUUUCACCAGGCCGGUAGUUCGCUGUUGAAAUAUUUUGUUAUCACCCGGAUCCACCACCUUGAACUUGCGUAUUUUUCAUCAUCCUCCGUGUGAAAGUGAAGAGCCCAGGCGGUGGUAUAUGUGCGUGUUCGCCGGCCUGUUACCACGGUCACUGCGGUCCGACAUUGAUCGAUAUUUCAACUCCCUUUCAAUUCACACAGUCACGUUUCAGUCGUUCGUGAGACUUUUAUGGUAUGAGUUCAACAAACAAAGUGGGGACGACUUUGACAUUCUGUACGCUUAAGAGGAAAGCAGAAAUCUUUGACGACUGUCGCAGCAUUGUUUUCUGAUUGAUAGAAGUCAGAAUUGCUUGCUUACUUAUUAAUGAUAGUCUGUGCCAUUGUACUGACUCAGUUCUGUUGUAACUGUAUAAUUGGCAACACACAAAUGAGAUUUGUGUAACAUAUGAUAUAAUGGCACGAGUCUGCUUUCUCUGCCGUGAUUGAAUUAGGCCGUGGCGGGUAACUUGUCAAUAUUAAGGACCGAUUUCAUCAAUAUUUCAUCCCCGCUCGUCGCCGUUAAUCGAUAACGCCAUGUUUGAACAAGAAGACGGUAGGGAUGAGGACAAGAGUCCCAAUAUCCGCCUGGAUCUGUAUAAUUUCGACACCCCAGAGGCCGAGGGGAGCAGGUACGUGUUGACCAGCCCGAGGUCUCUCGAGGCGUGUGCCCGAAUGGGUAUCAAACCGGUCGAGCUUCUGCCCAAGAGUCUAGCUGAACUGGAGGACGAGUACCUCCCCCAGGGCAUGCCCGUGCGUAUCAUACACGGUAUGUACCAAGAGCAGGAGACGGACAGGCUGCGCAAGUUAGAGAAGUGUAGAGAAAUACGCAAGCAGGUCAUAGCGGAAGAGAAAAGAACGAAUGAAAAAGAGGACCCGGUGUCGUCCUCGGCGGCCAAAUCUGAAGUGCCAAAAACCGUGCCCGGCAGUCUGACGCGAAGCCGCACGGCGUGGGAGAUACGGAGCAUGACGUCAGAGAGCACCCGGAGCAGUCAGGAGAGGUCGGACCCGGAGGACGGGACGCCGACGCACAAGGCCAGGAGAACGAGAAGCAGGCACCCGCCGAGAUCGCAGUCCGCCACGAGACUCACCCGCAGUACCUCCCUCCGACUCAGCGAUCUCCAGAAACUCAGCAUUUCUGGCAGCAGACCUUCGUCUGCGUCCAGGCGGCGCGAGUCGAACAUCGCCAUGAGGAGAACCCUGUCCGGCGCAGACCUACCGGAGCGAGACCGCCGCAUUGUAGAACUGAUGGAAGCACGGCGGCGACAAGAGGAGGAACACGCAGAGAUCAAAACAAUCGCCCAGCUAACGUGGGAAGAGGAAAGAGAACGAGAGAAGAUAAGGCGGGAGAUGAAAGAGAAUGAACGUAAACAGCGAAUCGCGUUGGAGAACAGGAGGAAGGAAGAGGAGAUGCGGAGGAGGAAAGAGGAGAUGAAGCGCGAGGAAGAAGCGUUGCGGCAGGACCUGGAGGCGGCGGUAGGAAGUAAGAUGCAGUCGUGGACGGAUGGGCACAAAGUACAAGAGGCCAGGCGGCAGCGCCACCUGCAGGAAAAGAAGAUGAGGGAACUGCAGCUGAAACGUGAACAAGAACAACGCUUGCGUGAAAAAGAAUCGGAAAUGCGAGCGUUCCGAGAAAGCGUUGAGCAACAACAGAUGGCGCGUACCAUGACGGCCGAAGAGACGAGAACGAAACGCAGGCAUCUUGAACAUCACCGAGUGCGGGUGAAAAACGCGACCGAAGUGGCGUUAUACGAGCGGCGGAAAACCGCAGUCGACCAGCAACGACAACAAGAGAUAGAAAGUCUGCGGGGAGACAUAGAGACAAAGUAUACCACGAUGGAGAAAAAUUACCAACAGCAGAUGUUGCGUCGAGAUCUCAGCCUCAAAGCAAAGUCUCUUGAAGAAAAGCAGCAGCUGGAGCGCAGUAGAAGAGUUCGAGAGCAACGAGACCAGGAGAUGCAGCAAUGGGCUGAGGCCACCGUGGCGGAAAAGGAGCUGCCUUCCAUCGGGCUCACGAAAUCUCGGCCCAAAACGGCUCAGAACAAGGCAGCGCGCGCUGCUGUGAUCCGAGCGGAGAAGGAGCGACUUCAGAGGGAGAACCUGGAGCGCGUCAUGACGGAAGACUCGCAGUUUCGGGAGGAAGUCACUCAAACUAUCGUCAGGAAAGACAUGAAGAGCCAGUCCCAUCAUGACCAGAAAGAAGCGCACGUGCAGCGGUCCCGACAGAAGGCGCACCGAUCCGCGUCGUUACGGGAUAAAGUGCGAAACGAGUACGGUCGGCGCACGUUCGACAAGAUGGCCAAGGAAGCCGAGAGAGUGGCUCGUAUGGGAAGCGGUAUCUUUACUGGCAACAAAAACGUGUCCACCUUUCAAAUAGGUUAGA